AUGUUACUUCCACUCACGGGUGGACUGACAACUCAUGGGGCCCCCGGGCAAUAGGGGAUCAUGGGGCCCCUGUGUCCUUGCUCAAACUCAAAAAAGCCUAUGAAAAAGGUACCAGGGGCAUCUCAUGGUGCCCCCCCUACUGACCUCGGGCCCUCGGGCAGUGCCAGAGUUUCCAAAUGGUCAGUCCGCCCCUGGUCGGGACGUACGGGACGGAACGGCGGGAAAUUUGAAAAUGACAAAAAGUGACAUUCACUAAAUACACUAAAAUCACAUAGAAAAACAUUCCUGUAUCAAACCAUUUUACAUACGUUUUGUC